UGGCAACACCGACUAUGCGCUGGAUACAGCAGCAAGUAUGGCGGACAGCGAGAGCGAUUUGGAGACAGACGGGCUCGAGUCAGCCCUGGAUACGUUGUGUCACAGACAUUGCGGCGGCGAGUCGUCUCCGAAGAGCAAAGACUACUGCUCUGAGUUCUGUGAGCUGGUUGCGGACUACACAGGGCAAUGGCAAGUUCCUCUCCCCCAGCUGAAAGUGCUGAGGACGGCACUCUGCAGUUUCACCAAAGCCACUGCUGCCUUCCCUGAUGACUGUCAGCACAUCCACUAUGUUCUCAGUAGUCUGGCCUUGAGCUUCUUUGAACUGAUGCUAUUUUUCAGCAAAGAAGAAUUUGUGGAAGACCCUUUAAAAGACAUCCUUGAUUCCUUUCAGGAGUGUCACACUCAGCUGCUGAGGCACAGGAAUGGCUACUUUCAGCAAGUGAAGCAGAUCAUCAAAGCAGGAGGCCCAUGGGAGAAUCAAGUGCUGCAAAGAAUCCUGAAGGAGGCAGACCUGCCACCAAAAGAGGUAGAGGAAUACCUGAGCUCAGAGUUGCCAAUAUUCUUGGAGCUGCGAGUUCGUUAUCUGCAGGCCUGUGAACGGAUAAAGGAGGGUAUAGCCCUGGCUAAGAGCUGCCUGGAAAACCGUGAGGCUGGAAAGCACCUUUACUUCCAUCAGGCCUACCUUACCUGCCUCCACAAGGCCUCACUGCACGAACAUCUUCAAAAGGAGAUGAAAGAGAUAAAUGGCCGUGAUGCAGUGGAGAUCAUCUGCAACACAGAGAGUGUUGAAAAAGAUGAGCUCCUGUUGUCGUUGUGUAAAGCUUUCCUUACGCAGCAUCUACUCAAUGGAGACAUGUAUUAUAUCUGGGACCUAGUGUUCAUCUGGAGUCGGUUGCAUCUUAGGGCCCAUCCCUCCAGACAAGGCUUCCUGGCUGAAUGCUUAAAGUUGGCUUCCUCUGCUACCAAUGUCAGAGCCAUCUUCCCCUUCAUCAAACUGGUCACCACAGAGGUGGGGGGUGAAGGUAUCCAGGUCUGUGUGGAGCUUUGUGCCAGGGCCUUGCAGCUGUGUGACAUGAAGGCGGACUCUGUAACCCAGUCAUUGGUCUGCAAGACCAUCGCCUUCCUUCUCCCUCAUGACCUGGAAAUCUGUAGAGCGUGUGCUCUGCUGGUCUUCUGUCAAGAACGCAGCGUGGAGGCUUACAGGACCGUCUGCCUGCUUUAUAUGCAUCCCGACCAGGAGCCGCAUCCCCACAACAGUCCCGUCCGGACCAAUGUCCGCUUCCAUAUUCUGCAGAUGCUGAAGGAGCGCCUGUGCUUCGAUCCUGAGUUCUGGAACCUCCUGACACUCAGGACCCAUUGCUUGGAGUUGAUAAGUGACAAGGUCAUGAAGGCUGCUGUUCUAAAUGAGAUGAAGGAAGAAGAAAAUGAAUUCAGUGAAGAGCUGUCAACAAAUUGCUCAAAUGACUCAAAUGAAUCAAGUACACAAGGUCUCAGUUUGCUCCAGUGCACUGAAGAUACAUGUGUGAACCAAGAUCAUCCAAAAGAGCAGGUUAAAGAAGUGCAGGCAGAAAAGAGUGUGUCUCCAACAGACAAUGCUCCCCUGAAGAAGAGAAAAUGGAGGAGAAGGCUGCGGAAGAGAAAACAUUCUGUGUCUGAUGACGAGGCUGAUCCUGGUGAUGAUCCAGAGAUCAAAUACAAUCUCAAAUCCACUGCUUUGGGCAAUAAGCCCAUAUAUUCUCUAAGACGCAAUCACACUGACAAGGAAAAUUCUGUUUCUGCAAAGUUCCCUCUGAACCGCAAGAGAGAGUAUCUGUCUCGAUGUGUGAAGAGCCAAAUUUUGAAAAGGAAAGGUCGGAAGAAGAGAUGGCUGCAGGGUCUUCCAAGGCUGGAGCCAGUACAGCCAGUUACAGAGAAGAAGGUCAAAUAUAAAGGGAAGAAGCGGGGAAGGAAGCCUUUACUGAAACUGGAAGUCUCUUACCCUGAUAAUGAAAUGGUCCUUACUGAAGACGAAAGUGGUUUUGAGGAGAAAAUGGUCACAGAACACACAGAGUUUGAGAUGCCUCAUCUGGAGAAUGAACUUGAACAAGUGAGUGAAGACAGAGAGAAUCAACUCGAACAAAUGCAUGAACUUGAAAAGGAAGAUGGACUUGGGGAAGAUACUGACUUGGUCUGUGUUAGCAGUCUCAGUGAACAAACCCACGACGACUCUUCGGCACAGCUUGAGACUCAAGUCUCCUUUCCUGCUAUCGAAGCUGAUCCUGAGCUUGAUGGACCAACCUUAGAGUUAAUGGAUUGUCCAGUAGAACUGCUGCACAGCUAUUCCCUUAAAUCCAGAAAGCCAGAAGGUGAGAAAGUGCAGCCUCAAGAACCCUCAGCACCAGAAGAGCUGAAUGGUGAUGCAGAGCAGGAGCCCCAACCCCCAGUGGAAACAAAAGUCUCAAAUACUGAGGUGAAAUCCAAAAAAACAUGGAAGGACAGAGUUCUCCGUACUCAACAAUAUGCCCAUUUGUCACACCACUGCAACAUCUGCCGCAAAGACUAUAAAGGCUUGAAUAUUAUGAGGCACGCUCUCUCCCACCUCAAGAGUCGGAAACUAAGAUGUAUACUCUGUGGAAAACGCUUUAAACAGCUUUCUUUUGCCAAAAAGCAUGUUCUGGACCACUUUGAUGAAAUGUGCAAGCAAAAACCUCCUGAUAAGGACCCAUGCACCGAGGACAAGCCAGCUACGAAUGGAGUAGGAGAUGGUGUGGAAAAUCCAAACCAGCCUCUUAGUGAAAAUCGGACUACCAUUUUAGAUGAGGAAACUCCACAACGGAAACCUGGAGGCAAAGCUAAAGUGUCCAGCCUCAGGAGGGAAGAUAGAAUCAUCCGAAACCUACGCACGCUCAUCAAGAAGACGUCUGUGCUUCACAAAAAGUGCAAGAACCCUGAUGCAAAUAUUUUCAAGCAGGUAGAAUUCAAGGAUGAGCAGGUGGUCAUUGAAAAUGGUCUAGUGAUUGUAAAAGAUCCAUCUGUGAUUGAAAGGCAUGGGGAAGGAGAGGGGGAGGAGAGCCCAGUAGGAGAAAAUGGCUUUGGUGUGGACAUCACGUAUCACUUGUGCCCGUCAGAGUCCUGCGACCGAGUAUUCUUGAAGGUCAGCACCACGCUGACAAAGCACGCUAUCAAAUGCCAUAUCAACGAAGAGAAGGUGCUGGAGAAGACUUUUAUAUGGGCCAAGCACAAGUGUUCCCUCUGCUUCAGGCAGUUACAGUUUCUCCAGAAUUAUAAGGACCACAUGAAGCUCCAUAAUAAUCCGCUGCAACACUUCUGCUACCAUCUAGAUUGUAACCACCGGUUCUUGACACAGCAAGAACUGAAGGACCAUGUUGUCACCCACCAGCCCUUCAGACCCCAGUGUCCCUUCACCGACUGUGAGAAGCUUUUCUCAAGCCUCCAGGGCCUGUACGACCACGAAUGGAGACACUACAUCCCAGCGCCUCAGAAAGAGGAGCAAGAAUCGGGAGCUGGCAGACAGAUAAAGCAAAAUGCUGAAGCUCCGUGGAAGCAGAGAGUGAAGGUGGAAGAGUUAUGGCUGCAGAGUAAAAAGGCGCAGAGGGACAGUCCCACCCCUGAUUGCGUGGAGGCCUCGGAUCUUGAGGAAAUGAGCAAAAAGAAUGAGCGGGAUGGUGAAGGAAAUGUUCCAAACAGUGGUGAAGACCUGUCAAAAUCAGAUGAUUGUUCAGAGAAAAGUCAGGAGCCCACAGAUGACAGCAACUCCACCAUUAAUGGAUAUGAGGACAGAUCGACCUCCACUUCCCAUGCAGGUACUGCUGCAGCCACUUCAACUCGGAGGUGUCAAAAGAAACCUUCAGUCAAGGACCCUUUGAAUGUCCGAGACAUUGAGGAUUCAUCUACUUUGGCUGAGGGAGUCCAGCAGAGGCUGGGAGAGCCGCACAUCACCGAGCACAAAACCUUCAGACCCGAAGAUCCCUCCUACGCAACAUUUGUCAAAGCCCCCUUCAUUCGACCGCCGCCCUCCACUUACCUGGACGAGUCUCUGCUCUCCAUGCGCAAGAGAAGGACCACCGAGGAAGCUGCUCUGAGGAAAAACGUUUACUGGUGCAAUAAGAAAAAGAAAGAACUCGAGCAGGAGACGGAGCAGCCGGUGGAAAACGUGGUCCCUGAGCAGAAGGUCAGACAGCGCUGUGACAAAUGUUUGUCCUCCUUCAGCAGCCUAGAAGAACUGAAGAAACACCAAGCUCUUAACACCUGCUCUGCACUAUUUGGCUUCGAUUCGGAUGAUGACAGUUAAUAGUGCACGAGGAGCCGUAGCUGGAAUGACCAUGAUGCUCCGUCACCAAACAUUGAACAAACACACUGGAACCCUUUCUUACUACGCAGACACAGUACUAAGCAAUUCCUGGACACCAAGUGUGUUAGUAAAGGCAGGAUAUGUGCCAAAAUGGUUAAUUGGAGGAUUUUAUUAAUUGAUAAAUCUUCUGAAGCAAUAAUUUUAAAGUAGUUUUGAACAUUGCUAUUCUUCUAAACAUCACUAUUGUGCAAGCUGUAAACAACUUUCAAAGGAGACAUAUUAUUCUUUUCAGUUUUCCCCCAUUCCUCUAGUGUUAUGUAGGUUCUUUGUGUAUGUACAAGAUCUGCGGUAAAGGGAGCUCAUCGCCCCGACAAGUUCCUGAAACGCCCCGUCAGUAGUCGGUGAUAUCACAAUGUUACGCUAAGUGCCUGGCGGCUAGUCUCGACUCCCCCAAACAAGUCCAGGUAAAGUGAGAGUGGAGGCUGAUGGGCCUGCUGGCCAAUCAGAGCAGACAUUGGGAGGGGGGCCUUAAAGAGAGCAGAGCAAAAACCAGGUGUUUCAGACAGAGGCUGGACGGAGGAACUGCAGGAAUGGACAGUAUGUUUACUGAACAUUAGAGGAAGUGAUUACCAAAAAUUAAAAUUAUGAACCUGAAUAUGAGCAUUACAUGUCUCCUAUCUAAAAGAAACUCUGAAAAAUGCCUGGGAACUGAGAGAUUAAAUAAGCCAUUACAUAACUUCACACAAACCAGUAUUUCUUUCGUAGACCACAGAUUGAGUGUUUUCUGGCGUCAACAUCCUGUGGUGACGUUAUUGUACCACAUGAUAUAAAAAGUGUUAAAUUCAAAACGACGUUCAUGAACCUGCCUGGUAAAGGAUGUUGCUUAUCAACCACACUUGCACCAAACUUCAGCAGUGAAGAAAUCCCCCACAAUGGUUCACUUUGGCAAACUACUUCUCCUGAAAACUUGGGUGGUGCUACAAAAAUGACCCCGUUACUUGUGGUUGUCUUUGCGUUCACCCUGUUGACACUGGCUCAUGUCCAUUUGUGUCAUAUGCUGACCCCUUUAACAGAUUGCUGAUUUGAACCUGAAAGAUUGUCAUCUUUUAAUCAUAUAUCUUUUAAUCUGGGUUUCUUGAAAACUAACUGAUCUUUUUUGGAUCUGUUUGUCUUUAAGGGAUGUCAGUUAGUUUUAAACUAACUGAUCACUGUUGGAACAGUAACUUUUAUUUAUUUAUUUAUUGUUUUGCAUUGCAAGAUUUUAGAACAAAUCAUUGUUCCCACCAAACCAUUUUUUUAAGGAUCUAGCUUUGAGGCGAAUUGUCUCGUGCUUUGUUUAUAAAAAUGUAUCGGCAGAGGCUGUCUGAUCAUACUCAUACUUAUUCCUAUGCUAUUAUGAUUUGUCCUCACAGUAUGGGUUUUAAAUGCAGUACAUCAUGACCAGUGUUUUCAACUUUAAGGAAUAUUUUGAAAAAUCAUGGUAAUUGACAGUUGAGCAGCACAGAGCGUGUGUUUAGAAUAUACAGUCUUCCAGAUGAAACAUGUACCAAUCUUUGGUCUUUGUAGACCGGGUGUAUCAAACAUGUGAAAUGAAAAUAACAAUGGACAUGUGGUGGUUGUGUUCUCUCCCCACCACUCUAAACUAAUUAAUUUUGAUUCUGAAUAAAUCCUUCAAAGCUUUGACAACAUAACACAACUUUGUUGUUUUCAGCUUAAUGUGUGGGCUGCUGUUUUUUGCAGUUAAGCCCAAUAGUGUUUGCCUUUUUUUAACUAGUCCUCUGGCCUGACAUCACGAAUCAGUUGACUCACUGAGGCCGUGAUCAAAAUGUCUGAAACCGGGUAAAUCUGCCUUCGUACCGUCACAGAUUCUCUGUUCAGCGAACAAGUUACUCUGUUUCAUUAGUGCCAAGAGGGUGUUAGACUGUAGAUAAACAUGGGGACAGUGACACAACACCGGUUUACUUUCAGUGUUUCACCUUGUAACUCUCGGUGAUCAUAUAUUUCAUUGUGAAGAAUAUGUUAAAUUGGUCCUGUUAUGUAUAUACUUUUGAGAUUAUUACUGUUUGAUAACUUUUUAAUGUAAUGUUUAUAUGGGACUGCACUUAAACCUGCUUAUUUAUAUGUACAAAUUUAACAGAUUGGAUUUGGAAAGGUAAUGAUUCCUCAUUUAUUUUUCUUAAAGAAAAGGUGAUGAAAAUUUGUUUGAAUAAACAAAUGGCAAAUCUAA